ACUCAUCAAGACCAUGUGAUACAAACUUUGUCUAUCUUUGAAAAUUUACAUGGCGAAACAAGUGGAAAAUGCAGUGAUAGGUGGCUUAACGAUAAAGAAUUGGCGGCUGCCCAAUUGCAUGUUCUCUUAAAUUGCAUUGAGGUUAAGCAAUUGAUUGAGUAAGUAUUAAUAUAUUAAAUAUAUCUCCAUUAUUCAACGAACAACAACAUCUAAUUUUUUUAAAAUAUCAUGUAUAGGAUGUAUGUACAAAGUUUGAAAAGUAUAUAUGGAGAUCUCAAUGACAAUGUCAUUGAUACACAAAUAGAAGUUGACUUUCCGCGAUGGUUUCAAGAAUAUGUGACAAAGAAUCACAAACUUAGGAUGCAAAACCCUGACUUGUAUGACUUGGCAAGAGGACCCUUGAGACUAGCAAAGUCAUGGCCUAUUUAUCAUGUGAAUGGAUACCAAUUCAACACAACUUCUUGGGGUGAAGGCAAAAUAACAUAUAAUAGUGGAGUAUGUGUUAAGGGAAUUGGUCAAGGUGAAACCUCAAGUGAUUAUUAUGGUGUUGUUUCCGAGAUUCUAGAAUUUGAAUGGCGAAGUCAAGCAACACGAAAGCUAAUUUUAUUUUACUGUGAUUGGUUCGACCCUUCAAGUCGUGGAAUGAGGAUACAUAAUCAAUACAAGAUUGUAGAAGUACGAAAAGGGAGAAAAUACGGUAAAUUUGAUCCUUUUAUUUUUCCAAAAUCUGCAACUCAAGUUUACUAUUCACCUUAUCCUGGGCGCCAAAAAGUUGAUUGGUUGGUAGUUAUGAAGACAAAGCCGAGAGGGGUUGUUGAUGAUAGGCAUACUUUAGAAGUUGCUUUUCAAGUGCAAGAAUCGGAAGUUAAUGCAACAAUUGAAGAUGACCCAAUUGAUAACUUAAAAGAUGAUUCAGUUUAUGGUGAAGAAGUUGAUUUGCAUAUGUUGCAAGAUGAUGAGGAUGAAGAAGAUGAUUUCAGUGACGAUGGUGAAGAUGAAGAUCAAGAGGAAGAUGAUUCUAUUGAAUAGUAUUUGUUAGCUCUUUAUUGACAAUGUGUUUGAUUUAACAUACGUAGUAUUCAAAAAGGAAUUGGUAAAUCUUUAGUUCAUAUGCUUAUUUUUUAUUAGAAGUAUAAAUAGUGUAAAUAAUG